AUGCGCGAAAGGAUACCAACCAAAGCGGACAAGUCGCUUCGGAACGACCACAAGAAAGGGAAACUGGGAAGCACUUGCUCUAAGCUCCAGAGUAAAAAGAGUGGAAACCACCAUAAGUACAGCUCCAGUUACAAUCGUGGAGAUACGAACUGCUUCAACCGUGGAGGUGGACUAGGUCACUGUAGAGGCGAUGUUGACAAAGGUGAUGACGCGACCUUUUUCAUCCUCCACAAUUUAAAAGAAAACAUCCGAAAUGGUUCUACACUCGCACAUGGAAUUGAAAAAGGAAAGCGAAGUCCCAUAAGGGAGGAGACAGUCUUUCCUACCCAGUUCGGCUCCACAGACGAUGAGAACUUCCUCUUCGGUAAGGAGCGGGAAAGCAGGAAAAACAGACAUGAGGACAGUGCUCUUCCGACAGAUCGAAACGGCCACUGGUGCCACCAUACGAAUGGGUACCACAAACAACUCUACAUCAGCGAUAUGUACAGCUGCGACGGGAACUUUUUCGGCGCGGACGGAGAAGACGCAGAAGGGGUAAAGGCGCAACAGAUGGGUGAAUGGAGUGACCGUUCCAAGGGGGGGGGAAGCAGAGCGCAGGGGGCCACCUCAGCAAACUACACAAACGCGGAAGGAUGCGAAUGA